AUGAUCAUCCCAACUUCUCGUGUAUCCGGCUUGACUGUGCUGAGGACGAGCGCGGGCGUGGGCCCAGCGGAAGCGUAUCUCGAGCCGGUCCCUAACCACCCCGGAAUCACCUCCUUGCUGCUGAACAGGCCAAAGGCGAAGAACGCGAUAUCCAUGAAUCUGUUGAAGGAAUUCCAAGAAUGCCUUGACAAAAUCCAGUUCGACAAGACUACACGCGUGUUGAUAGUACGCUCCUCAACGCUCGGGUCGUUUUGCGCAGGCGCGGACCUCGUCGAGCGCGCGGGUAUGUCAAAGGCGCAGGUGGACAAAUUCCUCAUCGACCUCCGCCGCGCGCUCGGCACGCUCGAGGGCUUGCCCGUGCCCACCGUCGCUGCGAUUGACGGGCCUGCGUUAGGCGGAGGGCUUGAGCUCGGGCUGGCGUGCGACUUGCGAGUGGCAGGUCAUGCGGUGACAAAGAUCGGCCUGCCGGAGGUCAAGCUUGGUAUCAUCCCGGGCGCGGGAGGGACACAACGCCUGACUCGCCUCUUGGGGCUCGCGAAGGCGAAGGACCUCAUCUUUACUGCGCGAGUGCUCACCGCCGCAGAGGCGCACCAGUUCGGUGUCGUCGACUAUGUAUCGGACCCCGAAACGUCUGCCUUUCACAAGGCGAUGCAAUUGGCCAAGCAGAUGAGUGCGAACGCGCCACUUGCCCUCAAAGCUGCCAAGCAAGCCAUCUCCAGAGUGCCCGAACUCGGUUUGGAAUCUGGUCUCGACUUUGAACGGGCGUCAUACGAGCCAUUGUUGCACACCAAAGACCGCCUGGAGGCGCUACAAGCGUUCAAGGAGAAGCGGGCGCCCGUCUUCAAGGGCGAAUGA